AUGUUAGCAGUCACCUGGAAAUCUGUGAUAUCCUUGAGCCCCCCAUGGAAUAGAAUAUUUAAAGGAGAGAAUGUGACUCUUACAUGCAAUGGGAAAAAUUUCCUUGAAGUCAACUCCACUAAGUGGACCCAUAAUGGCAACCUUUCAGUAGUGACAACUUCAAGUUGGGACAUCUUGAAUGCCAGCAUCCAGGACAGUGGGAAAUACAAAUGUCAGAACCAAAAUUUUAAAGAGAGUGAACCUGUGUACCUGGAAGUCAUCAGUGACUGGCUGCUAAUUCAAGCCUCUCCUGCGGUGGUAACCGAAGGCCAGUCCCUCCUCUUAAGGUGCCAUGGUUGGAAGAACCGGGAUGUCUAUAAGGUGAUCUACUAUAAGAAUGGCAAAGCUCUCAAAUACUGGUAUGAGAACCACAACAUCUCAAUUGCAAGUGCCACAACUGAAGACAGUGGCACCUAUUACUGCAAGGGCAAUCUUUGGCAGUUGCCUUAUACCUCUGAUCCCCUCAACAUUACUGUAAUAAAAGCUCACCAAAGCAAGUACUACUGGCUACAAUUUUUUAUCCCAUUGUUGGUGGUGAUUCUGUUUGCUGUGAACACAGGAUUAUAUAUCUCAACCCAGCAGCAGUUCCUAUUUCUCUUGAAGAGCCAGAGGACCAGGAAAGGCAACAAACUUCUCACAUCCUAA